AAGGAACCCUCUCGAUCCACACACAGUUCCUCGGCGCCACGGACCAGUGUCGUCGUUCGUUAUCAUAUACCUGCUGAUGAUGUCUCGUUAAUUAUAAGGGACCUGCCUAAUUAGCCGAGCGUCGCCGACCGUAGAUCAAAUUAGUACCGACGGAUUCGGAGGAGGAAAAAACCACUAAAAGAUGCACAAAUACAACAAUGAGAUUUGAUCUUGAUUUGUUGAAGUUUUUUAUCUUCGUGUUGGCGGUUCCGGAGUGCGCAACCAAAUCAGGUACAAAAUCAGAUGACAGAAGCUGCUCAGCAUUGGAAUCAAAAUCGAUAUAUAUGAAUGAAGACAUUCUGGAGUUGAUGUACACUACUGAUCCCUUAUCAGGGGUGAAACAUAGUCGGAAAAAUGACCAAUGUCAAAAAAGUCACGUGACAGGGAAAACGAAAGAUUAUUCCUCUGACAAAAAGAAGCAGCAAAGAAGACUGAAAGGGUCCAAGAGGAUGAGGAAAAACCAAAAGAAGAAGCAGCGAUGGAAGAGACACAAGCAGAAGAUGCGGUGACCAAUCAAGCUGCCCCCUGUCCAUUUCAUGACACCCGAUCUAAUCUGGAUUUCCAAUCACGUGACAUGAUUGCAGAUGGAAAUCAUCUAUUGAGCGCGGAAUUAGGUGAAAGGAGAGACCAAAAGCCUUCUUCCCGUUACACGAGCAUGCAGAUGAAACCUCGAGGCGGCGUGAUUGAUGCUUUAGAAUCGAUUUUCCAUCUACUAUAAUUCGAUCUAUGUAAGGCUUAUUACACAUCAUGAAGCCGGUUUGUUAUAACUUGAGCAUUAGAGCACAAGAAAUUGUUUAAUGAGACAUGUUAGGCAUACAGGAGAAGGUUUUCAAGAUGAUGAAUAAAAUUCUUGAUUGCAAUUCAUUUCGAAGCCCCGACACGCGUCUAUCGCGAUGAUUGAGUAUGGUAAGCGUGUUUGGAUAAUUUUCUUGUUAGCUGUUCUUUGCGUUCAACGUCUGCUGUCUAAUGCUUUAAAUCUUGCAUUUGUAUUUCAUAGAUUGUACUGGUAAAACCAGAACUGAGCUGAAAUUUUUGUAGAACGAUUUCUAUGUACAUAUGUAUAAAUCACUUCGCAGAAACGGUAACAUUGAUGCAAGAAACCAUUUGAAAAAUGGAAAAUUAUGACAUAAUGGCUUUUGGCAUUCCGGUUGUAUCUAAAUCUAUCUAGUGCUGCAUGUUUAGCCAGACAAUGCAUUUAUGAACUGAAGGUCAACAAGUCAUGGUAAAUUGAUGUCUGAUCAACUGAUAGAAAACUGAAUGCGACCCGAUGUUUUUAUUUUUUGUAGAUAUACCGAUAUAGUGCGAGUAUUUGAAUAUAUUGUAGACAUUCUGCAUUAUUUGGGGUUAGGACAGUUUUGUUGGAAAAUCUCUAGAUAUUUGUGGCGGGUUUCUUUUGCCCAAUUGUUAAUACAUAUUUGAUACAGAGCAUAUAUUUAUAAAUGUAUAUCUUUGCAAUCUUGUUGCAUGUGCAUUCAUUAAUUAAUAACUCUAUACUUAGUAUUUAAUUUUGCAAUGGUAAAUGGAUCUUAAAACUUUAGAUAAAGACAGUUCUGGAACCAUUUAAUUGUUGGUAAAGGCACUGUGUUAAAGCCAUUGCCUAGUGCAUGGCAGCUUCUGUUACCAAAUCAUGAAUGCUGUAAAAUUAUGUGAAAAAGCGCACAAAUGACUAUCAUGUGAUAUAAAUCAUCACAAAAUUAUCAAAGCCAAACACAGAAUUUUUAUAAGGAAUGAUAAAAAGAAAAAUAUCAUAUCAUCAACCUCGUUGACACUUUCUGAUCGACGGUCGAAUUAAAGAAACCCAUCCUUCUCUUUUUCAGGUGGGUGUUUAAAAAAUUUCUGAGGCAAGCAAAUUGACAAGUUCUGUAAUAAAAUGUCAGCUAUAGCUGAGUUUUUUUUGUAUCAAAAAAAACUAAUGAGCAAUUAGAAUGGCUUGAAAUUAUAUACAAUGCUCAUGCAGUUACAUUCUCAUAAAGAAGAUGGGUGGAUAAGGCGUGUAAAAUGCCCAUACACGGUCGGACAAGCUACUGAAAAAAUAAACUAUCAAUAAAUCUGAUAUUGUUUUAAAAAAUCAUUUAAAACAAUAAUGUUUAACAUAUCAUUGAUUUUUAACCUAUAAAUAUGUUCAAUACUUGGAAUAUGCUGACUCAAACAGGCAUAUAGGUAUCAAAACCUGCAAAUACUGUCAUUUUUUAGAACUUCAAGGCAUUUUCUUUUACAAAGUGGGUCUGUGCUCCAUUUUUUUCUCAUAGUCUAAAUAAGGUCUAAUGAAAAACAAGCCAAUGUCAACAACAACAAAGUAGAGAGAUGACCCACUAUGCAUCAAAAAUAUCAUUUUGUAUCCCAACAAUUGAACGUUUUGAUAAAAUAAUACAAGUCCGUAAAUUCGUGGCCAAAGACACACAUAACAUUUAAACAGCCUACUUUGUUGUGUCUGAAAUUGCUCAGUGGUACCUGACAUAAGCUAACCUUAUAUCUAAGGUUUUUAUGUUAUGGGUUCGAUACCACCAAAAUUUCUGUCAAUAUUUGUUUUUUUUAAAUCUUUUUUUUUUAAAUAAUAAAAACUGAAUAUAAUUAGAAAUUGUGCUUUUGCAAACUUGUGUUAUGAUAUAUUUGAAUAGAUUUAAUUGGGAAAAAAUAAAUUCAAAAUUGUACUUUACGACUAAACUGAAUGGGCAGUUGCGCCAUCUUAUUCCCCCAUCUUCUUUUAUUCAACGUAAUUAACAUGUACAAUAUGCUUUAUAAAGCGGGUGUCCGGUUUGUCAUUGGACCGAUUUAUUGUGCAUCGCGGGAAACUGAUUGGACAUUACCUGCAACAAACCCGUCAGUCUUACGCUUGUUCAUUAUCCUUCAUCCAUGAUUUAAAGUAUAUAAUGGUACAAUGUAUAUGGAAAACUUAUGUAUGUCGGGUAGCAAUAAAAUUGAUAUUGAGUAUGUACUUAAAAUCAGAGGGAAUUUCAAUAGAAUACUUGUAAUUUGAUACACAUAAUAUACAGAAAACAUUAGUAAAAUUUAUUCCGGAUCCGUAACAUCAAACUGAACAUGCAUAUUAAAAUUGAUCAAUACAUUAUAGAUGAGAUUCGUAUUCCCAGUAUAUGUAUAAAUGUUACACGAGGUUUUUUUCGGCCAUGUGACAAAAAUUUAGAUAAGAAUCAAUAUAUCUCCGAUACCACUUCCCGAUCAAUUAUACUUCCAGUAUAAGAAUUGCUUAUUUCAAGAAUCAAAACAAAGAUAGGGUUGUAUAAAAAAGGCAACAUAUAUAUUUUCCAAUUUUUCAAACCAAAAGAUGGCCAAUAUCUGAUCCGUACUAUUUUCAUAGUUUAUGACAGGUAUCCCAUCAGGCUAUGCGAAAAGACCCCCGGUACUUAUUAAAUGAAUAUUUUUUUUCAGUACCGCUUGCUGCUGUGUCAUUUGACAUUUAGGAAAAUCUAAAAUAUCUUUAAGAUUCAUAAUAAGACCAGAUUGCGUUGCCGCUAACCGUUAGCGUCUUUGUAGGCUGUCGUCUGUACGCCUCUGCGUCUGAGUGAUGUAUGAGUGUAGUGAUCAAGUUUAUUAUUUGCUGUCGUAGGUGUAUAAUUUACAUAUUUACAAAAAAUGAAUAAAC